CUUUUUUCCUAUAAACCUCUGAAUCUCUGAUCUUCCCCUUCCCUAUAUCUCUGCAAUCCCCCCGCCAUUUUUAAUCUCCAUAGAAAAAACCCCCCGCCAAUUUCUCCACAACCCCUUCCUCUCCUGAAAUAAGCUCCUAUGCCAUUCCGGAGAUGAAGGGAUCAAAUGUCGUCGCCGCCGCGGGGUUCAAUCUUCCCCAUCACCUCCGGAUACUCUUCCUUCUCAUCGUCGCCUUCCAUCUCCUCGCUACUUGCUCCGGCCUCAAGCUGGGGGAGACGUGUUCUUCCGAUAACCAAUGCGACGCCGGGUUGCGCUGCCAGACUUGCGCCGCCAAUGGCAACACCCGAUCCAGAUGCGUCCGCAUCCAGCCAGUGAUACCCACCACCAAAUGAUGGGUGAUGGAGUUAGAUGAAAGGUCUCCCGUUUAACAAGUACUCAUGGCUUACCACGCACAAUUCCUACGCCAUGAUGGGUGCGAAGUCGCUCGUGGGAUCCAUUCUGCUCUCUCCUAGGAACCAAGAGGAUACUGUUACCAACCAAUUGAAUAAUGGGAUUCGAGGCCUUAUGCUUGAUAUGUACGACUUCAACAAUGGCAUCUGGCUGUGUCACUCGUUUGGUGGCCAAUGCUACAACUACACCGCGUUUAAACCAGCAGUGGAAGUGCUUCAAGAAGUUGGGCAGUUUCUAUCUGGACAUCCAUCAGAGAUCGUCACCAUUUUCAUUGAAGACUACGUGACAACGCCACAAGGCCUCAGCAAGGUCUUCAACGAGUCCGGUUUAACGCAGUACCUUUUCCCCGUAUCGAGCAUGCCAAAGCGCGGUGGAGAUUGGCCCAUAGUGGACGACAUGGUCAAACAGAAUCAGCGGCUCCUGGUCUUCACCUCCAAACCUGAGAAAGAGGCUGCUGAAGGCUUUGCUUAUAUGUGGAGAUACGUUCUUGAAAGUCAAUAUGGAGAUGACGGGUUGAUACCGGAUACAUGCAGGAACCGAGCGGAGUCACCACCCUUGAACACAACUACAAUGUCGUUGAUUCUAGAGAACCAUUUUCCAACUAAUCCAAACAACUCUCGGGUUUGCAUGGAAAAUUCACUGCCAUUGGAAGCAUCUGUUAAAACCUGUGCAAGGGCGGCUGGCAACCGGUGGCCAAACUUCAUCGCUGUUGAUUUCUAUCAGAGAAGUGAUGGUGGAGGAACACCAGAAGCUGUAGAUGAAGCCAAUGGCCACCUCACUUGUGGAUGUCCCAAUAUCGCCUUCUGCAAGGUGAAUGCAACAUUUGGCUCAUGCGACAUCCCACCACUAGCCCCACCUCCACCUGCAAGUGGAGGAGAGCAGUCACUUUUCGGUCCUCCUCUCUCCGACAGUGCUUAUUCUCAAAGAGGCCAACUCCAACUGCGAUGGCUGUUUGGGGCAAUUUUGAUCACCAAGCUUCUCUUGUUACAGUUCUAACCUCCACUACUGCUGCUGCUGAUUAUACCUUUUUCUUUAACCAUUUCUGUAAAUAGAGAGAAGACAGUGGGGGAAAAGUACUUAAUUUACAUACUGAUACGAUAGAAAGGCUUAACCUUCUGAGUUCUGAGUGCCCUUUUAAGGAUUUUUUUACAAAAAGCAGUCGGUGGGUGAUUCAGUGGAAGUGUGGGACAUUACAGGACCAUGCUGUUCUUUCAUUAUUUCGAUUUAUUUGUGUUGAUGCAUGGCCUUCUCCAGGUGAUUGAGACAGCCUUUUUGGGAAUUGCCAGUUGUGACAAUAAAUAAAAGCUACUGCUGCCUUUUGAUUUGUACUUGUGAGCUUUUUCGCUGGUCCAAUUUUGUGACUUUUUGGCUCCAAGAAUUGGUGGGGAGGAGGGAACAAGGAGUAUUGGGACCAUUGUUCUUCUGGAAAAGAAGUAAAGGGCUCACUUCCUUCCCAGCCCCUUUUGUUUGUUACUGGAAACAUAAGACCACUUCUUUUACCUUGCACUCCAAGUCCUCUUCUACUGCAAAAAAACCAGACGCAGUCACCUGGAAAUGGCACAUUUGGAAGUGAAUUUGUAUUUCUUUCUUCCUUUGAUUGGAGAUGUAUGAAUGUGGAACCUUGUGGUACAGCUUUAGAAGUAGGAAAAACUGAAGGCAUGAAUUAUGGGGAAAGAGAAUGC